UUCUGGACGGUUCUUCUCUUAUAUGCUUUACUUCUCUUUUAUUUCAUCCUAUAAAACCCUUCAUUUUUCAUUGAUUUUUCUCAACUGCUCAUCCUUUUGAUAUUGAUUUUAAAGUUACAAACACAAAUUCAAGUUCUUUGAACUUCUUUUGGGAGCCUUUAGAAAUCAAACAAUGACAACCACUUGCCCUCACAGAGAAGCAGAUGAAAUAAAUGGCAAGGAAAAGAAUUUCAUCAAGGGAAUCACCAAAGUUUAUCCAACAGGAUUUAAUAUUACAUGGGGCAAUGAUGAUCGCUAUUGGAAUAUCACCAAGCCCAAUGUGCCAGGAAGUUUAUACGUGGCAGAGUUGAAGCAAGUUUCAUGGCUUGAGGUGACAUGUUCAACUGAUAAUGUAGAAGUUGGGAAAUAUUAUAGAGUGGGUUUCAAUAUAACAAUGAAACCAGAUGCAUUUGGGUGGAAUGGGAUUGAUGUUUAUGUAAUGGCUAAAGUUGGGAAAAAAGGGAAAUUCACAUCCAUGAAAGUUUCUCUUGAAGAGAUAAAACCAGACAACAUACCUAUCACAAUCCCGAAGAAGCCAUUAGAAAUCUUUGUUAAUCCUGUCACACCCGAAGAGUGCAGAAGUACUAUUCAUCUUGGUUUGUAUGAAGUUUGGAGUUCAAAGUGGAAGGGAGGUAUGCAAAUCCACGAUGCAUUCAUUCACAGGGUUUAAUUAAAACUUUUAGCCAUAAACGUCUAUUAGAAAAAUUAGAUUUCAUUUCAUUUUAUUUUAUUUGUGUAUAUGCACAAGUAUACUUUUUGAAGUUUUAAAAUAUGUUUUAUGAGUUGAUGCUUGUAAAAGUUAAAGGAUGUCUUGAUUAUUAUCCAUUAUGAGAUUCUUAUUUUGUAACUAUUUAUUGAAAAGUAUUUUCAUCAUGCAAUGAAUAUCCAUGUGCUUAAACUUUAA